AUGUCUGCGAACAGUAUGUCAGACCCACGGAGGCCGAACAAAGUGCUGAGGUACAAGCCUCCGCCGAGUGAGUGUAACCCGGCCUUGGACGAUCCGACGCCGGACUACAUGAACUUACUCGGCAUGAUCUUCAGCAUGUGCGGACUGAUGCUCAAGCUGAAGUGGUGUGCUUGGGUCGCUGUCUACUGCUCUUUCAUCAGCUUCGCCAAUUCCCGGAGCUCAGAGGAUACCAAACAGAUGAUGAGUAGUUUCAUGCUGUCCAUCUCUGCUGUGGUGAUGUCCUAUCUACAGAAUCCUCAGCCCAUGACACCCCCUUGGUGA